AUGACUAAAUUAUUAGCUCUAGCCUACAAAUAGAAUAGACCUAUUUAUUUACUAGAGCUGGUAAGGAUUUCCUCCAAAUAUUUGAUCCAUGGCUGAGGGAAGCACAACAUUACAACACAGCAAUACAUCAUUGACAACGCUGCCUUGUGUAGGCAUGCAGUUACUCAUCCUUUCCAUGGCUGUUCAAGUGGCCUAUUGAUCAAAGUCAUAAAGGGGAUAAAAUAUACUCCCUUUGUAAACUAAUAUAAGACGUUUUAGACCACUACUUUAAUGAUUUAAAGUGUCUUAUAUACUAGGUGAUUUUUCCGCGCGUUGCGCCGGGAAUUUAAAGAUUAAUUUCAGAUAAAUCAUGAAUGAAGAAAAUGAUCUAAAUCAAAAGAUUUUUUAAGGUAGAAAUAUUUCAUACUUGCACUGUUUGAACAAAGAGUAUGCAUACUUGCACUGGGUGUGAACAAAGAGUAUGCAUGAGGUUUGCACAAGGCUGCAAAAUAGUGUUAGUGGAUGCUGACAUGGCACAUUUGGUGACAUGGAAGGCAGCAUGUUGAGAGAAUUAGAGUUAGUGGAGAUAAACUAUUUAGGAAUAGUAGAUUAGUUUAAAGAGGAAGUACUAGUUUGUUAACACUACUUGUGGACUUGUAAACAAGCGCCCCUGCUUAUGGCAAGGUACAACAUACUCUACUUAAUAAGGUGCCUCAUGGACUACGCCAGACCCCAAUAAUGCAGUUGUUAAUUCUAAUUAUGCACCGUCAGAACAUGAUCUGCAGCAGGAUCAGACUGGAGAUCGACACAGCCAGUCGUUGCAAAAACAGAUCGAUUGCUUAAUGCAGCAGGAUCAGACUGGAGAUCGACAAAGCUAGUCGUCGCAGAAAUAGAUCGAUUGCUUAACUACCAGUUGAUGAGAUGCUGCUAUAUUUUAUCCCCUUUAUGACUCUGAUCAAUAGGCCGCUUGAACAGCCUUGGAAAGGAUGAGUGUGUAACUGCAUGCAUACACAAGGCAGGGUAAACAGCAACUAGCCAGGUUAUGAUAUGAUGUCUUGAUAAACUGAUGAAAGCCACCAGGGAGUGCUCAUAGCCAGUCUGCUUGUUCAGCAGAUGCACAUUCUUUCAACACCGGUUGUGUUCUGCAAAAUAAUUUACAAGUUGAGCGAGUGAUGAGCUGUGAGAAUAACCAGUCCAUCAGGUAGGUGUUUCCUGCAUGCGCAAUGUUUAAUAUGGCACAAUCCUCGACGCAGAUUCAUAAUUUGCAGUGCUCAUUAAUCAAAAAAGAGGGGUUGACCUUUGAUGGUAACGGGAGCUUCUCCGCAUCUAUGUAUAAUGAGCAUUCCCUAGCUUCUGAACAAUCAACACAAAAGCAGCAGUACUUUUCAUCGCUGUGUAGGUUCUCCUUCCUUCCUCCAUUCUUCAUUGUUUUGAAUGAUACAUUGGUCCUGUUGGGUGCUCCAUUCUUGAUAUACAUUGCUGUCCAUGCAUAAGUUUUGAAUUCCUUCCUUCGGUUCUGAAGAAUUACAUUUCUGGUCUUGGUUUUGUUUCUGUAGAUACUAGAACUGAGACCUUAGUUGCACCAUGCAUGUAGCUGGUAAUCGUGCUUGUUCAUGCGUUUGUGUGUGCCUGUUCAUGGAUGUUUAACUUCAGUUCUCACUGCUUCAUUUACAAAUAGACGUUCCCUUCCUCGCACCAACGUGCAGUGCAAACAACUUCGGCGACAAUGCCGAGAACCAUUUUGGACGGAGGUGAAGACUUCAAUGGCGACAUCUCCAGGACAGGGUCACACCACCAGACAGACGACCAUGGCUACAAAGUCAGGUUCCCGCCGGCGAAGGGCCUCUUCACGGAGUUAGCCGAAGGGGUGAAGGAGAACUUCUUUCCUGACGACCCACUGCGGGAGUACAAGGACCAGCCGAGGUCCAAGAAGCUGUGGUUCGGCCUGGUGCACCUCUUUCCGGUGCUGGACUGGGCCAGGAGCUACACCUUUGGCAUGUUCAAGGGGGACUUCAUCGCCGGCCUCACCAUCGCCAGCCUCUGCAUACCUCAGGACAUUGGUUAUGCACAGCUUGCUUUCCUGCCAGCACAUGUUGGGCUCUACAGUAGCUUCGUUCCACCUCUGAUAUACGCUGCGAUGGGCACUUCCAGGGACAUAGCCAUCGGUCCAGCAGCCGUCCUGUCGCUAUUGCUCGGGACUCUUCUCCAGGAAGAGAUCAAUCCGGUUAAGAAUCCACAUGAGUACAGCAGGCUGGCGUUCACCGCGACAUUCUUCGCAGGGAUCACUCAGGCAAUGCUCGGAUUCUUCAGGCUAGGGUUUAUCAUAGAGUUCUUGUCUCAUGCAGCCAUCGUUGGUUUCAUGGCGGGUGCAGCCAUUACCAUUGGCCUUCAGCAGCUGAAAGGCUUCCUUGGCAUCGCAAAAUUCACCAAGCAGUCUGACAUCAUCUCGGUCAUGGAAUCGGUAUGGGGAAAUAUACAACACGGGUGUAACUGGCAGACGAUAUUGAUUGGAGCAUCCUUCCUGGCGUUUCUUCUAACAACCAAAUACAUUGCCAAGAAGAAUAAAAAGCUCUUCUGGGUUUCUGCAAUCGCUCCGCUCAUUUCAGUGAUCGUAUCCACAUUCUGUGUGUUCAUCACCCGUGCAGACAAGCAGGGUGUUGCAAUUGUCAAGGAUAUAAAGCAAGGCAUCAAUCUACCUUCAUUUCAUCUCAUAUAUUGGUCUGGCCCAUACUUAGCUAAAGGAUUCAGAAUUGGUGUAGUGGCCGGAAUGGUCGGCUUAACGGAAGCAAUCGCAAUUGGAAGAACAUUUGCUGCCAUGAAGGACUAUCAAAUAGAUGGGAAUAAAGAAAUGCUGGCCCUAGGAACGAUGAACAUUGUUGGUUCAAUGACUUCAUGCUACGUAGGCACAGGUUCUAUGUCGCGAUCAGCAGUCAAUUACAUGGCUGGCUGCAAAACAGCAGUAUCCAAUGUUGUUAUGGCAAUUGUAGUGAUGCUUACGCUGUUGUUGAUCACUCCAUUGUUCAAGUACACGCCCAAUGCCAUUCUAGCUUCUAUCAUCAUAAAUGCAGUGGUUAGCCUAGUUGACUACGAAGCGGCGUACCUUAUCUGGAAGGUUGAUAAAAUGGACUUCAUGGCAUUGCUAGGAGCAUUCUUUGGGGUCGUAUUUGCAUCAGUGGAGUACGGCUUGCUCAUUGCGGUUGCAAUAUCUCUUGGCAAAAUUCUUCUCCAAGUAACACGGCCAAGAACAGCUUUACUCGGUAACCUUCCAAGGACAACAAUCUACACGAAUGUUGAACAAUACCCAGAGGCUAGCAAGGUACCCGGGGUUAUGAUUGUCAGAGUGGACUCAGCCAUCUACUUCACAAACUCCAAUUAUGUUAAAGAGAGAAUCCUGAGAUGGCUGAGAGACGAGGAGGAACAACAGCAGGAACAGAAGCUGUCCAAAACAGAGUUUCUCAUUGUUGAGCUAUCUCGUGGAAUCCAUGCCUUGGAGGAGUUGUUGAAAGCACUUGAAAAGCGCAAAAUUCAGCUGAUCCUCGCCAAUCCCGGGUCAGCAGUGAUCCAGAAGCUGCAGUCAGCAAAAUUCACGAAGCUCAUCGGCGACGACAAGAUAUUCCUGUCCGUAGGCGACGCGGUGAAGAAAUUUGCUCCGAAGUCAGCCCUGAACGUGUGAAGAAAAUGCGCCUCACAAAGUGAUGUACAGGCAAAGCAAAGAUAUGUGUUGAUGCUGUUUUUAUAGAGCAAGGAGCAUACAUGGCAUAGCCUGUGCAAAGGUAAAUAAUGGAGGUGGUCAGAGUUGGAGCACAUCAGGUUUGCAAGAUGUGGUUGGAGGAAAAGGAGGAGAUGGUGGCCUAGCUGGACAUCUACAUCAGUGUAUGUGGUCAUGGUGUGUGCCGGAGAGCAGUUGGAUGGAGGUUCAUAUCAUGAUCCAUCUUUGGGGUAAUUUUUCUCCCCGGUCUUGGAUCCACACCUCUGUAUCUUGUUAGUGUUUGUACUUCAAGUUGAAGGCUUCAUAAAGAGGUUUGAAAUUUUGGCCCAGUGGUAUGAUGCACUAGAUUGCGAGGCAUGCUCGAACUUGUGUGAAUAACAAGGAUAGUAAAGGUUUCAACACUGUACUAUGAUAAGAUGAGUUGCUUGCCUGCGCAUUCCAGCUCUGGGGUAUUGAACCAAACAGAUGGUGUGCAUGUGUGAACCUUGCUAUUGACUGGCAAAUGGCAAUGCCAUGCAUUUGUAAGCUGU